AUGACCAUUGAAGAGAUCAACAAGAAUCAACCGUACCUCCAAAAUGUCACUCUUGGCUACAACAUCCAGAAUGACUAUUUUAACACAAUUGGCACUUCAGAAGCUUUGCUAGACAUGCUCUCUACCGGAGAUGCCAAUGUUCCCAAUUACAGCUGUGGAAGGAAGGACAACCUUUUGGCUCUUCUUGAUGCAGCUGCCAGUGAUAUCUCCAUCCAGAUGUCAACCUUAGUAGGCACUUACAAAGUGGCACAGACCAGUUAUGAAAUUGUUUCAGAGGCUCUGAGUGAUAAAAGUCAAUUCCCCUUUUUCCACCCGAUGUUCCCCAAAGAAGGGAUCCAAUAUCCCGGCAUUGUCCAACUGCUCCUCCAUUUCAGAUGGACUUUGAUUGGUCUCUUUGCUUCAGACACAGAAAAUGGAGAGAAUUUCAUGAGGACUUUUACUCGGAUGCUUGUCAGGAAUGGGAUUUGUGUUGUUAUAUCACAACGAUUCUCAACGACUCGAUUUACAGCACCUCUCAGGAAUGCCAUCUCUAAGUGGAGACAAGUCAAUGUCUUUCUUCACUCCAUCGAACAUGUUCCUCUUUUGGAGAGAAUUAUUCCUUUCCAUUUAACAUUUAGGCAGUUGUCUGGACCUAUAGAAGGGAAAGUCUGGAUCCUCACAAUCUUUGAGAAACAUUACAUGCGAAGGAACAUAUAUUUCAAGUACAUUCAUAGUGUAUGGAGUUUUCGUUUACAGGAAAAAAAAGUGACAAAAGAUAAUGCCGUAUACAAGUUCCACUUUAUAGAACCCCAAUAUCGAGAUCGGUCUUUGCACUGUUCUUUUUCAAAGCAUGCCUUUUCUGUCAAAGGUCGUAGAAGAUGCACCCAGAAAGCACCAAUGGAGGAUAAAAUAAGCAGCAUGAAGAUUGUAACUAAAGUAAAAGUUUUCAGUAUCGUGAGGACUCUGACCCACGUCUUGAAUGCUGCAUAUGCCUCCAGUUCCAGGAGAAGAAGAAAGAAAGACAAAGAGAAGUUGAGGACAUCAAGGCUGCAGCCAUGGCAGGUAUUGGAUCCCAAUAUACCUUGA